CUUCCGGUGCGGGCCCCGCCCCGGCUGUGGCCCCCGGCUGCGGAGGAGUCCGAGACGCAGCUGCUGCGCCGGGGCCUGAGCGGCCGCCGCCACCCCCGCCGGCGGACCCGGAGCGCCCCGCACAGGUUUAGCCCCAGUGUGCCGGCUGGGCUGUACCCAGGUUCAGAGCCAUGCCCAUCGGCGGCUGAAGCUUGAGGCCGUGAUGGAGCCGCUGGCGCAACAGAAGCAGCCUCGGCAGCCUCCGCCACAGCAGGCCCCACGCCUGGCUCCUCUGCAGAUGGACGCCAGAGAGAAGCAGGGACAACAGAUGAGAGAAGCCCCGUUCUUGUAUGCCCAGAAGCUGGUCACACAGCAGACUCUUCUUUCUGCCACCCCCGGGAGGCCAUCUGGCAGCCCCGCCCUGGGUCCCUUGGCCAGAGGGCCACCAGCCGCGGCAGUGGCCCGAGUUUUUGAACGGAGCAAUGUGAACUCCGAGCCCGAGGAGGAGGAAGGAGGUCUGGAAGAUGAGGAUGGGGAUGAUGAAGUUGCUGAGGUGGCUGGGAAAGAGGCCCAGGCCGCGUCCAAGUAUUUUCAUGUGCAGAAAAUGGUUCGCCAGGACCCCAGAGCAGCGUCUGGAUCUGGUCUGCUUCCAGCACCAGGGCUCCCACUGCGUGGACAGCAAGCUAAAGAAGACCAUACCAAAGAUGUUUCCCAGGCCCCACCUUCAGUCUCCACAGCUGGGCAGCCGAGCUGGAAUCUGGAUGAGCAACUCAAGCAGAAUGGUGGUUUGGCCUGGACUGAUGAUGCGGAUGGAGGCCGGGGAAGAGAGAUCUCUCGAGAUUUUGCCAAGCUGUAUGAACUGGAUGGUGAUCCGGAAAGGAAAGAGUUCCUGGAUGACCUCUUCGUCUUUAUGCAGAAGAGGGGGACCCCCAUCAAUCGAAUCCCCAUCAUGGCCAAGCAGAUCCUGGACCUGUAUAUGCUGUAUAAGCUGGUGACAGAGAAGGGGGGCCUGGUGGAGAUCAUCAACAAGAAGAUCUGGCGGGAGAUCACCAAAGGCCUGAACCUGCCCACAUCAAUCACCAGCGCCGCCUUUACCCUGAGGACCCAGUACAUGAAGUAUCUCUAUGCCUAUGAGUGUGAGAAGAAAGCCUUGAGCUCCCCGGCCGAGCUCCAGGCCGCCAUCGACGGCAACCGGAGGGAGGGCCGGCGGCCCAGCUACAGCUCCUCCCUCCUGGGCUACUCUCCUGCUGCCGCCACCGCCGGGGCCCCCGCCCUUCUCUCCCCACCCAAGAUCCGUUUCCCCAUCCUCGGGCUGGGCUCCAGCAGUGGCGCUAAUGCCAGCAGCCCUCGGGUACCCCCUGCGGCCACUCUCAGGAAAGGUGAUGGCGUCCCAGUGACAACAGUGCCCGUGCCAAAUCGCCUGGCUGUGCCUGUGGCCUUGGCAGGCCAGCAGGCCGGUACCCGGACGGCCGCGCUGGAACAGCUGCGGGAGCGGCUGGAGUCAGGGGAGCCGCCCGAGAAGAAGGCGUCCAGGCUGUCGGAGGAGGAGCAGCGCCUGGUGCAGCAGGCCUUCCAGCGCAGCCUGUUCAGCGUGGCACGGCAGCUGCCCAUGAAGAUCAGGAUCAAUGGCAGGGAAGACAGAUCAGAGGCCUCGGCUGCAGCGCUGAACCUGGCCACUGGCAGCAUCGGGAGCAUCAACAUGUCUGUGGACAUCGAUGGCACCACCUAUGCAGGUGUGCUGUUUGCCCAGAAGCCCGUGGUCCACCUCAUCGCGGGGCCCGCCCCCCAGAGCCUGGGUGGCAGCGCCAGCGGCAGCAGCAGCUCUCACUGCUCGCCAAGUCCUACCUCGUCCCGGGGCACCCCCAGCGCCGAGCCCUCCACCAGCUGGUCCCUCUGAGGGGCAGGACCCAGCUCCCCACGCCCCACUCUCCUGUCGAGAGUGAAGGAGGUUGAUGCACAGAAUUUACCUCAUCUCACGGAGCCCAUGUCAAACACCAUUUGGCCAGAUGUUGAGAGUUUGGACGUGCCCGUCUGUCCAGGCUCCGUUCAGGUCCUGCUGUACUCUGGGGACAGGGAGAGGCUGCAGGGGCAGGACAGGGCAGCGUUGUCCAAUCAGGGAUCGCCCUGGAGAACCAGGCAGGGUCUACGGGCAUCCAGCUUCCUCCCGGGUUCCCAGGCCACCUCCCGUCCCGGGCACAGUGUAUCGACAAUCUGUAAGCCGGCACAGGGCUGGAGGCCCUCCACAGCCCUUCCCCUUUAAUUUAUUGCCCUUCCCCUGCCUUCUGUCAGGACCCCAGGGUCACUGGCCUCUUCCCCUGCUCAGUCCUCCAAUCUUUAACUCCCGCGUGGGGCUGCUAGGGGCCAAGACCAUGCCUUCGAGGCCCUUCUCUGCUGAGCAUGGGAUGGGGCCCUCCUAACCCGCCUUGACUACCAUGUUUGGUUCCAGGGGUGUGGGUCCCUCAAAUCCAAGUCUUGAAGCAGUCCUCAGGGCCCCAUACUCCCCUUUUAGUGGUCCCAGGAAAAGGGGCACACGGGGGCAGUCCUCAAGUCCCAGGGCUUGCCGGGUACCUGCUGAGGGAGAGGCAGAGCCUCAGGGGGCCGCCCAGGCAGGCCCUGGCACCCAUUUCACACUGACCCUUUUCUGGCCCUCCCAGACCUCACGCCCUCACUCGCCCUUGUUGGCCAGCUCUCCCAAGAAGAGUCCACUUGUCCCUUGGGCCCUCCCUUCUCAUGGGGCCACCUCAGCCCCGGCAUCCCCAAACCUGCUGAUGUCAGGUUCAUUGAAAUACCUCAGAUUUGUAAUUGUUGAUGUUUGAUUCUUCAGGAAGUAUUUGCAUCUCUGAAAUCUUUUUUAUAUGUGUUUUGCUGACUUUUUUGUUAAUUUUUAUUGUUGUUACUGUAGCACCAAAGAAAUGAAAGCAGAUCACCCCCAAAGCCGAGCAAACAUUUGGUACCCCAGCCCCUCCGGCCCUUCGCUAAGACCCCAGUGAGGAGGCGGGGAGGCAGGCAGGAGAGAUGACUCAGGGAUCACAGUGGCAGGGG